AUGCUCGGCGACGAAGCCAUAGUUAAGCUGAAGCGAUCGGUGAGCGAGAGUGACCACCUCAUCCCUCUGGGGGAGAUGGCCCCGCCUCGCUCGCCGGAGAAGACCCCAAUCCACAAGACACGGUCUAAUCGCUCCUUCUCGUGGUCAAAGCUGACAGAUUCAAUCAAAGGCAAGAGAGGUCCUUCGUCGCGCUCUUCGCGCUCUUCUCGCUCUUCUCGCACACCUUCUAUCGACAAGCGUGAUAUCUCGAGUCCAAUCUUAGAUCACAGAAGCCCGCUGUGUCCGUCCACAUCGACGCCGAGGCUUCCCAUUGCCCUCCCGUUAGCGUCUGUUCCGCGACAGCCUCAAUCACGAUCCAGUCCAGACACUAUCAAGUUUAAUCCCGCCAAUCCUACCGCAAGACACUCAUACUCUGCCUCCGACCCCACAAACUACGUCUCCCCUGGUGGGCGAUCACGUCAACCUAAUCGCCCGCCCCCACCUCUGCCAAUUGCAACCAGUUACGAGAGCAUAACGGGUACCCUAGUGGAUAGCCCGUUGGAGCGCAUAGCAGAGUCGCCUUUCGAGCCUUCCGAAGACGUUCCAAUUGAACCGCUAAGGCUCGAUAAAGCAUACAGAUAUAUGAGAGACAUGGAACCUGCACGACUGCAGCCGCCCAACAUGGGGGGUACCAAAGGGCGCGCCAUGCAACAAGCAAAGGAGAUGGAGCUUCUAGUUGCUGAGAGGGCGAAGCGAGGUGGUGAGGAACCGCCCCCAUACGACUUCUACGAGCUUAUUGGCAAGGGUGCAUAUGGUCGCGUCUACAAAGGCAAGAGCCGUAAUACCGGCGCGCUCGUUGCCAUCAAAAUCAUUGAGAUUGACAAAGUUGAUUAUGAGGAGAUGACACACAAAAACCUCCAGGACACACUCAAGGAGAUCGACAUUCUGCAACAGCUAAGAGACAGCAAGGCAAGACCCUACGUCAAUAUCAUCGAGGAGGCAAGGCCUGUUCACAACGAACUAUGGAUUGUUAGCGAAUAUGCCAGUGGUGGUAGUGUCAACACUCUGAUGAAGCCCACAGCCAUGACCAAGGAUCCUGGACCUGGACUGGCGGAGAAGUUCAUCAUACCCAUCGCUCGUGAGCUGGCACAGGGUCUCAAAUACAUCCACGAAGCCGGUGUGCUGCAUCGAGAUUUGAAGUCAAACAACGUUCUCAUCCUCGAAGACGGCCGCGUACAACUAUGCGAUUUUGGUGUCUCGAAUACCCUGGAACCCGAAAGAUCGAAGCGCUCGACUAUUGUUGGUACACCUUUCUGGAUGGCACCUGAACUGCAGAAGGAGUGGGUAAAGGAUGCGGAUCCGCAUAGCUUGAUGCAGCCCAAGGAGAUAUCUUACGGCAACGAAGUUGACAUCUGGGCUUACGCCUGCACUGUCUAUGAGAUGGCUUGCGGCUAUCCACCACAUCACAAGAUCGGGCAGUUCGACUUACCAACGGCUGGUGUCCCUGUGCUUGAAGGCGAUCGCUUUUCUCAAGAACUGAAAGAUUUCCUAGCUUUCGUCUUCCAACCGGAGCCACAAGAUCGACCUACUCCGGAUCAGAUUCUGGAGCAUCCCUAUCUCGCAGAUACUACUAAGAUGUAUCCAACUGUGUCGCUCGUCAAGUUGGUCGAAGACUACUAUGUCUGGGAGCAGCAAGGUGGUGCACGCCAGUCGCUAUUCAACCCAUACGGCGCUCAAGCGCCAGAUCCGCUUGCACCAGAGGCGGAAGACGACGACGAUGAUGACUGGUCUUUCAGCACAUCAGAAGAAUUCGAGCAGGAACAUGCACCACAAUUUGCCGACCCCUUCGCUGGUGGAGCAGGCUUCAAUGGGAUGGGCCUACCACCUGUCGCAGAUAUGGGACGAUUCGAGCAGCUUCAGGCUAGGUUCAAGGAGGAGUCUAUUGUUAGAGGCCAGAAACGUCUCAACAAGCUGUUCGAUACAAACACGACACCAUACCGAUACAGUGCCGUUGAUAUGCCAGAGCCCUCGAAUGGUCGCCCUCCCUCUGAUCUAGUCCUACGCGACUUCAAUCCUGGUGCGCCCAAUCGCGAGACAGUCAUCGACUUGGACUUUUCAAUGCCAUCAGCAGACGAGAUACCAAGUAUUGACCUGGGUGAGGUGCCCACCAUCCGCGCGAAUCGCAUGAAGAGCAUCAUACGGGAAAUGGAAGAAGAAGAGGAGCGCCGGGAUGCUUUUAAUGAAGAAGAUGAGAUGACUAAACGAGCCACGAAAGACUGGACUUUUCCUAGCAUGAAUGAUGAGAACCGGAAGACCAUGGAAUGGUCAUUUCCAUCAGAGCAGCCUAACAGAAAGACAAUGGAGUGGUCAUUCGCUGCUGAGCAACCUAAUCGCAAGACGAUGGAAUGGUCCUUCCCAGCGCAACCGCAGAAGCCCAAUCGACGCACAGUGGAAUGGACAUUCGACGCUGCAAUGGCAGAAGCCAACAACGAGGCCCCCAGGAACCGUACAUCAAAUCGGAUCUCACGAAGACGCGAGACGAAAGAGUGGACAUUUCCCAAGCAGGACGAUAAUCGCAAAACUCAAGACUUCGCUUUUCCAAUGGGCAGUCCGACGGAGCCACAGCGCAGUCAGCACACCAAGACAGACUCUUCUUCUCCAGGUCUUGCCACCGGUUUCCGACCAAGCCUGCGACACGCUCAAACCGCACCACUUCAACCUGCAGUGGAUGACAAUGAAUACCCUGAAAUGAUCAGCUCUGCACCUGGAUCUCCCAUUCGUUCGUCCAUGAUUGAUCUAGAUAUGGCGAUGGUGGAAGACUAUCGUCCAUCCACGUCGGGCUCUGAGGUCCUUACAGCAGGAACAGAGCGCAUGAACGAUAAUCCAUUCAACCUCGAAGAUCAAGUACAACUAUCACAGAACAACCAUCGUGCCUCAUUCCACAUGAAGUCGCAAUCAGAGCCGAACCACGCUGUACCAGGCUUGUUGACACCACAGCAGUACGAUGAACAAGGCCAUCCUACGAACCAAGACCCACACCAUCCUAGUAUGCACGCUCGAGGCGUCAGCUCAGCAAGCCAGGUACAAUCGCACGCGAAACCAGCACCCAGCUCUGGUCAAUACCACCGGGGCAACCAGCGCUCUCAGCAAAUCAUUUGGGACGGUUGGUCACACAACAUGGCCUACGGGCUAAGCAGCGACGACCAGUCCCCUCCCAUGAGCGUCACAACCGACACGUCGCUCGAGGAAGAAGACGUCGAUGACCUUUGGGAUACCUUCGAACGCCUCAACCUCGCAGCGCAACGGCGUCCCAUGGGCCAACCAUCCGCUCCUCUCCGUUCCUCACGUAGAAAUGAUUCCACAUCCACAACCCUCACAUCCACCACUUACACGCUCGAUUCCGAUACCGAUGACUCGUACCACCACGGUAAUCCUUACUCUUCUUCCUCGGACUUUGAUCAACACGACACCCCACGCUACAGUCGCAAAUCUACAAUCGUCAGCGUCGGUCCGAAUGGCAAGCCACUGGUCGAAUUCCCUAUCCCAACCGGUCCCGAGGUAGAGGCGCUGCUAGGCGUGGAUAUGGACGCUAGGAUCAUGGCGGAUAUGCUACUCAAGAGUGCGGUCGAACUGAGGGAUGGUACCAGGGCUAGCAGGGACUUGCUGAGAGCGAUGCGCUUACAAGAUGUUGAAGGUGAAGACGAGGGCGAUGAAGGAGCGGAUGAGGAGAUGAGAGGAGGUACUGUUAGGUUGAGGGGGCCUGGAUGA